CAGCGUUCUCUGUGGUCUGCCAAAGAUGAGGUGGAUAGUACUCUUUGCUCUCUGCCUAACGGUCGCGAUCGCUGCCCCUGCCUCGCAAAGUGCGGAUUACAAGCCAGCGGCAGAUCGAUUAGACCUUUCACGAGAUCGGGAUGAUGAUGACGAUGAUGACGACAACGAUGACUUGAGGCGAUACGGGAACGACAACAGACCAGUCGCCGAUCGGAGAGACGGUGCCGACCGACUUGACUUGGGGUCAUACAAUGCUUACAACAACCCGUCGAAUCGAUACGCCAACAGAUACGAUAACAACAGAAAUUACUACGCUAGAAGCAGAAUUAACUAUAAUAGAUACGGUGGCCUCCUGAAUGAUAGAAAUAAUAACGACAGGAAUGACAGGUACGAUAAUGACAGGAAUGAUGAUGAUAGAUACGGCUCACCAACCAACCUUAGAUGCCGAAAAUGUGGAUCAUCAUACCAAGAAGGCGAUAGACGUGACAACGAUGCCUAUGACCGACGGGACAAUGACAACGGUGCAUUAAGCAGAUACGAAGCUUACGCACGAAGCAGAUAUUAUAGGAGCGCGAGGAAUAAACGCGAAAACAGCAAUAGAGCGUACGACCGAUUGGCGGGAUAUUAUGGAAACCGAUAUGGAUUAAAUUCUAGACGAAGUUACAGCCCAUACAAUUUGCUAGAACAAGCUGGUCUUAACAGCCUAGAUGAUGACAAUCUAGCUGAUGACCUAUAUAAUAACAACUACAGGCGAGACAACAAUGAUGAUAGGAAUGAUGAUGAUAGAAAUGAUGAUGACAGGAAUGAUGGUAACAGAAAUGAUGAUGAUAGAAAUGACGAUGAUAGAAACGAUGAUAAUAGAAACGAUGAUGAUAGAAAUGAUGAUGACAGACUAGAUGACAAUAGGAGAUCUGACGACAGAUACAAUAAUAACCGAAGGGAUGACGGCAGUAGUGAUAAUGACAGAAGAUAUGACGGCAUUAAUGAUAAUGACAGAAGGAAUGACUACAUAAAAAGAUAA